UUUUUAUUGAGAUUCCUGCGAGUUUCUUUUACAUUAUUGCUAGGGUACAUGUUGCAGGGCUCUUUGUUGCCUACUUCUCUUCUCUUUGUUCCAGACUAAGAUUAGUGUGAUUGGUUUGGAGGAACAUCUUUCUGGGAAUAUUGGAACCAAGCUAACUAACCUAGCCUCGGUGUAGGAUAGUUUAAUACUGCAGGCGAACGGUGAACCGCGGUCUAACAACUCCUCAAGACUGUGGGGAAGUGCAGCUCUUGAGAGGAGAAAUGCGGGAGAGACUGCGCAACUGGAAAAGGACACUUAAAGCAAGCAUAUAUAAGAAGACGAGAGGGGAAAUUUCAGCCCCGUUUAAUAUUGAUUUUGCCUAUUUUAAUCAGCUAAUAAAUCCCUUUCUGUUCGGAAUUGGGAAAAAAGUCAAUUCGGCAAGUUACAGCUCUCUCCUAUUAAACCUCCGCCUCAGAGGCUUUUUUCAGUUUAUAUUCCGUUAAUUCCCAGGUGAUAAAAACUAUCUGCUCUCACUUGCUUCUCUUCAUAUCCCAACCAUAUCCUCUAAAUACAUAAUACAUAUAUACACCCUCCUCCCUCCGAAAAGCCCGAUAAUCCUCCCUAACCUUCCCCCUCUUAAUCCAUCCUAUUCAACAUGUCGCAAAUAACCACCCCCCUCACCACCCUCCUGGGCAUCCAACAUCCCGUCCUCCUGGCUGGCAUGGCCCGUACAUCCGGCGGCCCGCUCGCCGCCGCCGUCUCUAACGCAGGCGGCCUAGGCACCGUCGGCGGACUCGGCUACACCCCCGCCCAGCUCGACGAGAUGCUCACAGAGCUAAAAUCACACCUGAAAAGCCCCGACCUGCCCUUCGGCGUUGACCUCGCCCUACCCAAAGUCGGCGAGGGCGCCCGCAAGACAAACCACGACUACACAGAGGGCAAGCUCGAUGAGCUCAUUGAGGUUACGAUCAAGCAUGGCGCGAAGCUGUUUGUUUCUGCCGUCGGCGUCCCGCCCGCGCGCACGAUCAAGAGACUACAUGAGGCGGGCAUCUUGAUUAUGAAUAUGGUUGGCGCGCCUAGGCAUGCGGAGAAGGCGUUAGAGGCCGGUGUGGAUAUCGUGUGCGCGCAGGGUGGUGAGGGCGGUGGGCAUACUGGUGACGUGCCUUUCUCCGUCCUAAUCCCCGCCGUCGCGGAUGUAGCGCGCAAGUACAAGAGUCCGCUAACAGGGCAGCCGGCGCUGGUUGUUGCUGCGGGAGGUGUCAAUGACGGCCGUAGCCUGGCUGCGUCGCUGAUGCUGGGUGCUGCGGGGGUAUGGGUUGGUACGCGCUUUGUGGCAUCGGUGGAGAGCGGGGCGAGCCAGAUGCAUAAGGAGGCUGUGCUGAAUGCUGGGUUUGGAGAUACGGUUACCACUCUUGUUGUCUCUGGGCGGCCGCUGCGGGUGCUGCCGAACGAUUAUAUCAAGGCGUGGCAUGAGAAGCCGGAGGAGAUUAAGAAGCUAACGGAUGAUGGGGUGGUGCCUAUUAUGAAAGAUUUCGAUGAGGGGAAGGAUGUUGAUAUUCCGUUUUUGAUGGGGCAUGUUGCGGCUGCUGUGAAGGAUAUUAAGCCUGCGGGCCAGAUUGUGGAUGAGAUGGUGAAGGAGGCUGUGCAUAUGUUGAAGGUUGGGAAUGGGUAUUUGGGGACUGGGUGUAAGUUGUGACUGCUACGAUCCGGUGUGUAUCCGGUGUAGGUUUGGCCUUGUAAAUAAAUCAUACGUGCUUUUAUUGUCGUUGGUAGAGUCAAGUUAUACCCAUAUUCGUGAUUAUGAUGGAAAGAGUUUUAUUUGUUCAUUACACUAUCGAGGGAGGAGCGCUUGAUGUGACAGAAUUAAUUUCUAUACUCGGCGGCGAGGCUACCGAACAGAUCGCCUACUUUAACAGGAAUUGAAAGCUCAUGAGAGAUACCAUCCCAUCAUAUACACGCUUUGGAUUUUUAUACCAGCAUUGUCGGCAUUUUAGCACUCGCUAAAAAUGUCACUCGCAGGAUAGUUUUCCAUCUACGUUGUGUAGUUGAAUAUGGUUGUAGGACACAAGAACGGCAUUGAAUAAAUAUGAGGAUUCGGAACAUAGACAAACAACCAACAAGAUGCAACUCUAACAGGUAAAGGAAAUAGAAGCAAAGGAGGUAUAGGGUCGCAGAGAUGAUGAAGUGGCGGGAGGAACAGAAUUAGGACCCUCUACUACCCCAUAUCACCAAGGAAAUACCGAAACGUUAUCCAAUUGAUCAAUUGCCAUGUC